GUUGAAAACAAAGAGACUGUUCAGAGUGAGAAGAAACCAAUCCACAACGUCACAGAUUGACCUCUGCCACGCCUCCACCUGUAACCUCCACAUCUCCUCAAAUCUUCUUAUCCUCCCAUCUCCAGAAGGCCAUGAUGCAGAAGCCAUGGACAGCACUGGUGGCCUUGGUGCUCUGCGUGCUGGUGUGUCUGGGAACACUGGCGGACGCCUACCCCCCUAAACCUGAAAACCCCGGAGAAGACGCUCCCCCGGAGGAACUGGCCAAAUACUACACCGCCUUGAGACAUUACAUCAAUCUGAUCACCAGGCAGCGGUAUGGGAAGCGUUCAACUCAAGAGGAUGUGGUGGCAGAGCUGCUGUUUGGUGGCGACAGCAGCAGAGACCAGAGAUCAAGAUACGAUGACUCCUACAUGUGGUGACUCCGCUGCCCCUCUCCCACUGACCGGAACGCAAGCUGUCUUCGUCUCUCAUGUCUCUGUCUUACAACUGUCUCAUUACAACACAAUUGUACAUAAUUUACUAUUCAAAUUAAUAAAUAAAUAAGUAUAUAUAUGAGAUUAGAGCUGUGUGUUUGUGUGAUCAAUUAAAGUCCCUCUGAGGUCCAGCAUUAUUUAGAGUAGGAAAAUCUUGCUUUACUGUUGCUACUGUAAAAGCCAACCGAAUAAAUGAAUAUAACCA